AUGCUGGCUUUAUCAUCAUCACUGAGGCUUCCCGUCUCCCUGCUGCUGCUUCUGGCGGCACAGGUCAAAGACAUCAACGCCGACCAAGGUCUGCCCACAGCCAUCCGAAAGAUGGGCAGCGACCCAGGAGAGAAGUUCUUGGAUGAGUACCUUGGGUUUGCGGCCGGCGACGAGGUCACACAGGUCGGUACUCAGGCACGAGCAGCGGUGCCGGCCUCAGGCGUUCUCACGGCCGAAGAGGAGGAACCUUUGGCAGCCAACGCAUCAGCAUCGAUACCCUUCCGCGCCCCUUUCGCAGCGCACUUCUUCUCAGGCGUGGAGGAGAAUCUGGAGGACAGAGAUGCUCGGGACGUGUGGGAUCUGUAUAGGAGGGCCAAGCUCAUCGAGGUGAGGUUAGGGAAGAGGGCCUAUGCCUGUCCGACUGGGACGUCAGACUGCUCGUCAAUCGGCUACCCCGACAGCUGCUGUCAGUCGGGAACGACCUGCGUCAAGAUCACAGACACGGGCUUGGGCUCUGUGGGGUGUUGUCCAGACAGCGAGUCCUGCUCGGGCUCGAUCGCAUGCUCAGGGAGCCAGCAGGGGUGUUCUUCCGAGUCUGGUGGAGGGUGCUGCAUCGAUGGGUUCGCAUGCGCAAGCGUUGGGUGUAAGUCCAUUCGCAGAGCUCCCUCCUGUCUCCUCCCCAGGAGGAAAGUCUUGAUAUCUAACAAACCACACAGGCACACAGACUAG